AUGUUGCCGGACGAACAAGAGUUUCACGAUGGUGCAUUUGCUCACGAUGAAAGCACAACCUCCGUCGCAAACACGCCAUCCAACGGGUGUUCACCAGCCGCAUGUGCCGCAGGGGCGGGCGGCGCAGCAGCAGGAGGGGAUGCCGCAGCCGCAGUCACUGGAACAGCAGCAGGAGCAGCAGCAGCCAGUACUACAGCCACGACCGCAGCGGCAGCCACCGGUGGGGCGGCCGCCACAGCCGCCGCGACCACGAUACCCUGGCUUUUGGUCGGAGCGAUCUCGGGAGUCGUAGCCGUUGUAGGCACGGUUGCCGCUGUCGCGGUCGUGUACGGAUCGCAGGCCCAGGCGGUGUCUGCCCCGGCAGAGCAGACCUGCGGUGAUGUCAGGCUCCAGCAACUGGUCGGAGAAAAAUUCGGGCCUGUGCUGAAAUUCCACUCAAUGAAGGACUUGUGCAAGGCCAAGCUCGGGGACUCGAAAGCCACAGACGCCCCCUGGGAACGCGUGCCCUCCUGGAUCGUGGAGAAGGUUGAGGAAAUCGGGGCGACGGAUAAAGCAGGACAGAGAGGAGCGGCUGGUAAUGGUACUACAAACACAAAAAUCUGGAAACAAGGCAGAGCCGCUGAUCUCCAACAACAGCAACAGCGAACGGCUGAGCAACAGAACCAAGUGGCCCAAGACCUGGCUGGCGCCUGUUGCUUCAUUCCGGCCGCGGACGGCGCUUUCGGGGAUAAUUUGCACGGGGGCCACCCUGGGGGUGGAACCACGCUCUUCCCCGGCGGCGGUGCCGCGGGCGGCGGGAGCACGAACAAUAAUGGAGCGAAUAACAAUGGAGCAAACAACAGCGGAGUAAAUCUAAAUUCACCGCAACAUCAGCAGCUCCAACGACCCCCCACCCCCGUCCGGUCCCCGAUCCCGUGUACUGACGUGUCGUUCUCCGACGGAAGAUCCCUGAGUGAGUUCUGCAGAGCGCAGACAGAUCCCACCUCUGGUCUUCAUUCGCUGAGCCCCGUUACCCACCCUUCGACCACGUUGGUCUCGUGGUUCAAGCCCGAGGCAAACCGUCCCGUGAACCCUGGAAAUGCCAUCCAGGCAGGCACGAUCGCGUCGGCGUGCUGUACUACGGUUCUUGGUGGCAGUGGAAACAACGGCGGUGGUGGCAAUGGUGGCACUGGAAACAACAGUGGGAACAAUAACGGAAACGGGGGCAACAACGGCGGUGGUGGCAAUGGUGGUAGUGGAAACAACGGUGGGAACAAUAACGGAAACGCGGGCGGAAACAACGGCGGAGGGGGGCCUCCUCCGCCUCCUCCCCCGCCACCGCCACCCCAGCAGAACCAGGCGGUAGCGGCCACGAGGCUACAGGCCGGGGUUCGCGGGGGACUUGCGCGGCGGAGGGUCGCCAGACUGAGAGGACUGCAGCAUCAACGAAACGCAAACGCCGCGCUACGCCUCCAACGGGUGUGGCGUGGCGCCCGAGUACGCCGCGCUCCGGCCGGUCCGGGGAGUACUGGUGCAACUCCGCCUGCUCCACCUGCGCCGGCCGCAGUUCCGGCGGGCGGCAAUCCAACUCCAAGUCCUCCUCCGCCGCUGCCCACUGCUCCUCCUGGUCCAACCCCUACCACACCGCCGGGUCUUCCUCCAGUUCCCCCGCCUAUUACACCUGCAGGG